GUGAUGUUUGUGAGAACAUUUCGUCAUUCCGUGCUCAACCGCCUUGAAGUAAAUAUACUUUCAAAAUAAAAAUCCAAAAUCUGAAGACUUAAUCGGAAAAAUGGCUGCUCGUCAAGUCGCAAACGUUGUAAAGUCUGGUGCGCUCCAGAAGUUGGCAGUUGCUGAAUCGGUGAUUGGUGGUAAAGUUGCGUGUGAGGGCUAUGGUGCUUCUUCGUAUGGUUACGGUGCGCAGUCUGGUUAUGGUGGUCCAGCCUAUUAUGGUGGUCAAACUGGUUACGGAAGUCCAGCUAGUUAUAGUGGUCAAUAUGGUUAUGGUGGCCAAUAUGGUUACGGCGGUCAAUAUGGCUACGGCGGUCAAUAUGGCUAUGGUGGUCCAGCUGGAUACGGAAGUUCAUACGGAUAUGGUGCACCCAGCAGAUAUUACAGCCCUCAGGGUUAUGGACAAAGUUACACUCCUUAUGGAUAUGGUGCUAGCUAUGGCUCUGGAGCUGGAUAUGGAGGCUAUUAAAUUUUGUGGAACUUUUUUUCUGAAAUAAAUAAUUACAUUUGAAUCCUUCA